UUUGAAAAGGCAGCCGGGGGCUGGGAGUGCGCCCUGGGCGCCCCGAGCAGCCCCGGACCGUGCGCGGGCAGCAGCCGCCGGGCUCGGCUGGGGCAGGGAGCGGGGCUUCCCCCGGGCCCUCCGCGCCGCGGGACCCGCAGUGCCCCUGGAGCAGAGCGGGGAGAGCAGGAGGAGCCCCCCCAGCGGUGCAAAAAUGCGGUUCGCUCUCUUCUUGUCCUGGUGCUGCUGCCUGCACGGAUGCGCGCUGGGAACGGGCUUCCUCUAUCAAUUCCCGGCGUCCAGCCUGCAGCACAACUACCCCGAGCAGAGCUCCGGCUCGCCGGGCAGCGGCUUUGCCAGUCGCCGGCAUUGGUGUCACUAUACGGUCACACGGACAGUUUCCUGCCAAGUGCAGAAUGGUUCAGAAACGGUGAUCCAGCGGGUUUAUCAGAGCUGCCGGUGGCCUGGACCUUGUGCCAACUUAGUGAGUUACAGGACUCUUAUCAGGCCCACGUACAAAAUGUCCUACCGAACUGUGACCACGCUGGAGUGGAGGUGCUGUCCUGGCUUCACGGGGAGCAACUGCGAAGAGGGUUCAUCUGGCCGCCAGCACGGUUACUUUUACAACCAGGACCAAUGCAUGAACUGCACGAGACUAGCAGAUAUGACCGAGAGGCUAAACACGCUUGAGGCCAAGAUCCUCCUGCUCGAAGCUGCGGAGCGAAGCCCCCCGUUAGAAAACAACCUGCCAAUCACUGGGACGACAGCCACCUGGUACGAUGACUUGCUGCCAGACGCCUUUCCCCUGCUAAAUCCCGGGACCGUCUUGAGGAAAACGGUGGGACCUGCUGAGCCUAAAGGACACAGAGGUGCAGAGGAGCAGCUAAUACCGCAGGGGCUGCCAGGACAGGUUGGUCCUCCAGGCCCGGUUGGACCAACUGGUCUUCCAGGACCACCAGGGCCAAAAGGCGAGAAGGGACAACCCGGCGAGAGGGGCCCAGCAGGGCCACCAGGGCUAUUGGGACCUCAAGGACCAAGAGGACUUCCAGGAGAAACUGGGAUCCCAGGUCCCCCAGGUCCUCCAGGGCCACCAGCCACGCCAAGCCUCCCCCUUACCUUCCAACAAGGGGUUCUCUACUCACUUCAGCCCACGGCUGAAAAAGAAAAUGGAGAACCCCAGCUGGCCUCCACCGUCAUAGACACCAUCAUGGCUGGCCUGCCAGGACCACGGGGAGCCCCAGGGCCCAUAGGGCCACCAGGGCCACCAGGCGCAUCAGGACCCAAAGGGCCCCCAGGACCCAUCGGAGUCCCUGGAUCACAAGGCUUACCAGGCUCUCCAGGACAACCCGGGCCAAAAGGCUCCAAAGGAGACCGAGGAGAGAGAGGGCAAGCAGGUCUGACUGGAGAGAGGGGCAUUAAGGGAUUUCCUGGUGAACCAGGCAAGAAGGGUGAGGAAGGGGAUAAAGGUGCUGAUGGGGAAGGUGUUCAACAACUUCGGGAAGCUCUGAAGAUUUUAGCUGAGAGGGUAUUGAUUCUUGAGCACAUGAUAGGGAUUCAUGACUCUUUGUCUUCCAUUGAGCCAGGCUCUGGACAAGAUGUGAUCCCGGGUUCCCCUCUGCGAAGCAGCAUCAAGAUCAAGCGUGGAGGACCCCAGCAGCCGCAGGCCUACCAAAUCCUCUCUUCACUGCUGGAUGACGGUGAAGCCAAAAGGAGAAGUAAUCGGAUGAAGUAGGAGCAUCUGCGUGUCCUCCGUGCCGGUUCACCAGUUAAAGAUACAGUAUCCCAGUGCUUAAGUGCAGAGUGCAAAUGAAGUGGGUAGGAGGCUGUAGUGCUGGCAACUGGAUUUCCUUACCUGUCCAACACUAUGCCCUUAUUGCAGGGAAUGUCUUAUGCAUAGCUCAGAGAGGGUCUUAUGAAUGUUUUUCUUGAUUUUGUUGUUUUGCCUUUGGAAUACCAGGUGGCAAGUAUCCUCAGAAGCUGUCUACAGAAGUGACACCUCCUGACUGUGACUCCAGCAUUUAAUCCUCCCCUUGUUUCCCCACAGCUCACUUCAGUAAAGCCCUGCUUAACUGAGUGAGACAAUCAGGCCCACUAGACUCGAAGCCAAACCUUAGUCUUGUCCAUUGGUAUAGCUGGUGGCAUCCGCUGUUAUUUCAUGUGUGGUGUCACGCUGACUUCAGCUGAAGGCACCACUUUCAUAGGCCAUUAAAGCAGUCUCACCUGCAAGGAUUUCUUUUAAGCAAAGAACAAAUUGGAAAAUUCAAAGAACAUUUUAAGCUGUUACUCUGAAAACUCAGAUUACUGUUUGCAAUUUACCAUCAAAAUCUUGGCUUUUCAUGUUGCUGAUUGCAUGUGAACGGCAUUAUUUCUAUUUGUGACAGGCUGAGCAAGGACUUUUGAUGAAAAUGUUCAUGGCGUACAUUGACUCUCUAUCUUCAAUGAGAUCAGACUGUUUCUGUGAAAAUUUAGAGCAGUAUGUAUGAGGCAUGAUGGAAUUACAAAAGAAUUUUCCUGUACUGUGUUCAGUUUGUGCAUACAUCCAGAGCAAAUUAAUUUAAGUAGUAGCAAUAACUAUUCACAGGAAAGAAUACUGCACAAUAGUUUCUUAAUUCUACAUCAGUAAGGAAAAGUAUUUUCACUUUUUUAUUCUUAUUCUAUGGGUAAAUCCUUGCCAUUUGAAUCUGAAGACAGUGCAAUAGCAAAUCACAGUCUGUGGAAUUAGUAAUGUCAAGAGCUUAUCUUGCACUUCGGAGCUAAGUCAUUUUGCUUUUUGCAGUAAAUUUUGGGGAAAGUCCCAGCAUCCAGGUUUAAGAGGUUGGACCUGCCCUUCAGUGACAAAUGAAUCACUGCACCUGCUGUGCAAACCAAAUUGGACAAGUCAUUCAUGGAGACAGUGAAUUUUCUUAGAAAGGGUAAGACUAAUCAACAGAACCAAUGGUACUAUCUUUAUUUAUAUGUAUAUAUUUUUUUAACUGUUCUGCCAAGUUUUCAAAUUCCACCCAGAACAAAAGUGAGCAAAUUUUGUGUUUUUCAUUUCAUGGUGUCAGUCACGGAAAGUGGUCUCAUUCUGCCUGCUUCCUAGUGCAAGAUACAGCUACCUGAAAAAGAAAAACUAUACUCCUACAAGUAUUUCUGUCAAAAACUGUUGCAGACCAACAACUGUAUGGUUCAGGAACCCUCACUGCCCAAAGCGCUCAUCCUGAGGUAGAAACAGAAACACGUGCUACACUGGAAAUGAGCCUUAAAAUGAAGGAGCUCUGCCAGCCCAUUACCAGGCGUUAAAUUAACUUCCUCUAUACAUUGUAAGCAUACAGAAGACAUCACAACAUCCAAAUCUUUCCUCUGAAGAGCAUUAUGUUUUCAGAAAUAAAUAGGGUAAAGGCUACUCCUGAACUUCACCAGAUGGGCUCAUUUGGCCCUGUUCUUCAGAAAUCCAGCCACCCCUCUCAAAACAUGCAAAAUGGUGCAAGUUGAUGCUGAGCAGGCAGCAGAGAAACUUGUCCACAUAGAGAUGGUUUUUACUGCUAUACAGCUUACUAAAAAACAGCCUGGGCUUAAGCUGGCUUGAAGGCUGCAGUACCUGCCCUUACCUGGCAUUUGUAUCCUCACACUGCUUGCCCAGUGCCAGUGGUGGGAUCUGGUUCUGCAAUAAAUCUGCGUAGUUCACGUUGUACUUCUGUAUACUCAAGUUUUCCUUUGGACAUUUCAAAGAAACAAGUCCAAAGCCUUGCAAAAGUUCCGGGAGUUGAAGGCAAGGUAUAGUCAGGUGCUCUCUUUCUCCAGGACUCCAGCUUUUGAAGUGAAUGCAAAGGUUUGCCAGGAGCUGAUGCACUGGGCUCCAGUAUUCCUUUGUGUACCUGCACUCUGAAUUAUAGAUUGAGUGUGAUAUAGUCAGAAGAUAAGAAAACAAGUCAGAACAUGAGUCAGGCAGGUUACUGAGCUCAGGCAGUGGUCCUGUACUCAUAAUCCUUUGAGGAGAAAGUCUUUUGAACACAUCUGAGUUUCAAAUCCAGCAGUAACUCCAAAUCCAGUGCUACCUCUAAUGACAGCACGUAUAUAAACAAUGUGGAAUUUAACCAGUGCCUUGGAGAAGGCUGGCGACCAGCUCUCAGCACAAAGCUCACAGAUCCAAGCAGCUCAGCUUCCCAACAAUCAGCGGCUGACUGAAGUGCUGUUCAGCAGGUCACAUCCCUGCAUUCACUGCCCUGCGGGCAACAGUUUGAAGGGGGCUUGGGGCAUCUGCUUAGCACAGCUAAGCGUGGUGCAGCCGCUGGCACAUUCCUGGAAUAAUCUUCCCAUUUAAGAAUUAAACGCACAAAAAUACGUCUCCCCAGUUACAGGCUGACUGCCAUGUGGGAACUGAGAAGUACUCGAUUACCUCCUUCUUGAACAGGGACUACCUUGGUCUGGAUCAUAUGGCCAUUACAGGGCGUAGCAUGUGGGAGAUAGCCCCUUAUGCCUACCUGCAGGCGAUGGAAGGUGCAGACCGAGGAGAAAGCACAGUGCAAGGUAAAUGUCCAUGCGGGGCAGGUUGGUGCAAGCUAGAGGCACUCAACUGCAUUAAGAAACUUUUCUCAUGGCCAUUUCAGGAGCUAAACUAAACCAAAGCAAUCUUUAAAAAGGGAAACAGCAAAAUUUGUUUCACUGCUCCUGCAGCUAUAGGGUUGAAUUUGGAGGAGUACAAUGGGGCCAUUUUCAUGUUCCUGAUAUUCUGGAGCCUUCACAUUGAAUUGAAAGAGAAAUUUUUCUUCCUCCAAGUUUGUCUUCAUGAAUUCAAAGCUAUUGCAUUAGGCUGAUGAGUACUCUCUUCAUUCAUACUGACUAGGAUUUUGGAUUUUUAAAUUAAGAAAUUAUUUAAAACACAUCACUGGCAAGAUGAUGGGAAAUUUAAUUGAAGUUGUUUGCAAUUAUUACUGCCAAGCUAACUGUCACAAAAUUGGUUAGGUUUGGGUUGCAACAGUUUUAAUUAUUGAUUUUCCAGAUUCUGUAUGAGCUAUGUCAUUUUUUUUUUGCUCCCCACACUUGCUUUUUUGAGCUACAUCCCUCUUUUCUGUGGUACUGUAUCUUUAAUUUGGGUGACAUUAGAUUACACCAACUGGACUUUCUCUCUCAGCUGGGGUUUCAUUCCUCACUACUUACACAACAGUUGGACCACACUCUUGUGCAGUCCCAGUUCAAAUAUGCUUUAAAGGUGAACACAGCCUCAUAUGCUGACAUUAAUGAUGUUCAUGCCUAAGCAAACCACUCCAACCACAUUUUCCAUCUUAGGCAGGAUACUAAGAUUCAUUUUAGCCAGGGCAUACAUGCGUCUUGCCAUGUCUAUGUAACUUAGAGAGUGGAUUUAUUUUGGAUGCGUGCUCAUUUAGAAAUAUAUUUUAAUGAAAUGUUUAGUGCUUUAUCUUACACGCAUACUGUGCAAUACCAUAGUGUGUUGUUUUCUUUUUUUUUUUCCUAACACUUCAUUGAAAUGCUUAAUGUUUCUUUGAACUCCAAUGUGUUUUUGACUUGGCUCGGUUCUGGUAGUAGUAACGCAUUUUCCUUGCCUUGAGCUAACCAGAAGCAGCAGCAGCACAUUGCACAACUGACAAUCACUGCAAUUUGUGCACCCUGAUGUUCACCAGAAAUCUGGUACUCCGGGGGAGGUGGAGGAUGCUUUCUCCAGAGUAUCCAACCUGCACUUACUGUACAGAAUUGAUAGCAACCCAGGGAAAAUAAGAAAAAAAAAAUAGAAGAACCCUCGUCUGCUCCCACCAAACUCCACAAUAAUUUUGCCAUCACCUUGCACAGGAACAGGGACAGGCUAUAAAAAUCAGAUCCAAUUCUCCAGCUAGCAUGAACGGGAGCUGCUUUCAGAGGAGCCGAGCGUGAGGCUCACAGGUGGCUUUCUGAAAGUUUGGCGCUGGGAUUCAGGUUCAGUCCCAGUCCCUGCAAUGAACUAUUUUAAUGUAAGAACCUAACCACUGUGACAAAGGCUUCCAAAAGACGUUCAGCCUCGGGAAUUACUUCUCAGUACAAUUUAGUGGAAAUUCAUUCUCUUCCAUGUUUACAGCUUCUGUGUUAUUCGAGACUACAUUCCAUUCUGGUGUUUGUUGGUAUAGGGGCUUAAACUACUUGCCGUUUCUGUGAUUGCUUUGAAACCAAGCAAUUCAAAGGUGCUAUAAUUGUCCACAAAGCACAUUCCCACCCAUAGAAGGAAAUGUUAACUUUUUCACUAGUUAUUUUACACAGUAUUUUUUUAUUUAUAUCAGUGUGUUUUGUAUGUGUGCAAACGGUCCCAGCUUCUCCCACUGUAAUUAGCUAUACAUCCACUUGGUCGUUAACAGGGCAGCCGUACGCAGCAUUCUGCAGUCAUGUACGUUCGGAACUUAGGACAGGAAUAACUCUCUUCUGACACGAUGAAUUCAUUUAUGGCAGGCUCUAAUGUUUGUUGUAAACACAACCUGUUUGUUCCACCUCUUGCAUGGUUACUUAUCUGUUUUCAUAUUGCUAUGUUAUUGUUCAAGAUAUCUAUUUCUCUUUAUUUGCUAUGGGUUUUGUUACUGUAUAUGGAAUGUUUUGUAUUCAGCAUUUUCUUACAGAGCAGAGUGGGAACAGUAUUCAAGAACCCACAAAUACCAAAGACCUUUCAUGUAAUGCACUGAGAAAUAAACAUACUGUAAAUGAG